CAAAUCUUCUCGAAAAUCGAGGAAUUUCUGCAUGUUAUAUAAACCAUGCUUACCUCUUCACAAACCAAACUCAUUCAUUUUCCUUUCUUUUAAAAACCCAACUUCUUUCACCAUUUUCUUAGCCAAACUACGACGUAUCUCCUAACUCUCCAAGGAGAUAGUACUAACUACUAGUAGGGAAAAAUAUGAGUAGGCCAGGUGAUUGGAAUUGUAGGUCAUGCAGCCACUUGAACUUCCAGAGGAGGGACUCCUGCCAGCGCUGUGGGGACAUACGUCCUGACGGCCGAGGCGGCGGAGGUGGAGGAGGAGACUUUGGCAGUAGCUUUGGAGGGAGGUCAGGUGGGUCCCCCUUUGGUGGGGGUUUUGCAGGGCCCGAUGUUAGGCCCGGUGAUUGGUAUUGUAGCAUUGGCAACUGUGGGGCCCACAACUUUGCCAGCAGGUCUAGCUGCUUCAAGUGUGGGGCCUACAAAGAGGAAGCUGGCUGUGGUGAUAGCAUGGGCCGUUCACGUGGAGGAUUUUCCUUUGGUGGCAUUGGCGGUGGCGGUAGCGGUGCCGCUACCGGCCGCUCCGGCUGGAAAUCCGGUGACUGGAUUUGCACUAGGUCGGGUUGCAACGAGCAUAACUUCGCUAGUAGGACUGAGUGCUUCAGAUGCAGGGAACCAAGGGACUCCGGUAGCAACUCGGCUUAUUAAUCUCAUCAAUUCUCAAGUUGCCAAAAUUUCGUGUAGGUAAUGCAAUGCUAAAGGAUGUACCAUGCUGAACGAGGAAUAUCAAGUUAAACAUAAGAGAGCUGAAUUGAAUCUUUGAAAUUUUAAUUUUCCACUAGAUUUCCCCCUUUUCAAUUUCAUUAUUAGGUGAUAUUUCAGAUAAUUCAUGCUAAAAGCUAGAGAUUUUAGAGAAGUACGUACUUCAUGAGUUUAUUAUUAAUUUUGUUACUUUUUGAUGAGUUAGUAUCGAAUAUCGAUAAUCAAUUUAGCUAGUUAUUUUGGUGGUCAAAGCUCAUGCAAGUCACUUUAAUUUGUCUCUUUUUCUUUUUCUUGAUUUUCUUUUUUGAUUUUUGUUUUUAUUUGGUGAGAGGAUCUCUCAGCCUUCAUCUCUUUAUGUAGUAGUUGAUGUUCUACGAUGCAAUGAGAAUUUUAAUAUUUAGUAAUA